UUCUCAGGAAAUGCGGUUUCCUCACUCUAGUUCCGAGGGACAUUUUGUUCCGGGCCGUAAAGUGUGAAUCGCCGGCCUGAUUGCCGCGGCCACUUUUGUUUCGCUUUGGUGCCGUCACUAUGAUUCCUCUGCCCGUGGUGGUCUGCGUGUUGGGGGGCUGGUGCACCAUAUACAUAGGCGACACGAUACUGAAGUCAUCUUCUCUGAAAGAAUCUUAUGAGGAAUGGCUUGUAUCCUAUGGAUUGUCAGUCUCUCCAUUCCAUGUGCGAUGGCAGACAGCUUUUUUCAACCGCCUUUUCUACACCUGGGGAAGAUGGAAGCCAAGAUUUCUUUAUCUCUGGUUUAACAUAGGGAUGAUUUUUGGCAUAGCAGCUAUGUUUGCUUCUGUGGUUCUGCUUGGGAAGACAUUGACGCAGACUCUGUCACAGAUGUUAACUGAAAACCCUGCAAGUCAAAGUGAUCAAAUGCUGCAGGUUGUGGUACCUGGUGUAAACCUUCCCAUCAGCCAGCUGUCCUAUUUCUUCACAGCAAUCCUCAUCAGUGGUAUUAUACAUGAAGUUGGCCAUGGAGUGGCAGCUAUUAGAGAGCAAGUUCGGUUUAAUGGCUUUGGAAUUUUUAUAUUUAUUGUCUAUCCUGGAGCAUUUGUUGACCUAUUCACUACUCAUUUACAACUAAUAUCUCCCAUUCAGCAGCUAAGAAUAUUUUGUGCAGGUGUCUGGCAUAACUUUGUGCUUGGUAUUGUGGGUCUUGUAUUUCUCUUCUUCCUACCUGCUAUUCUUUACCCAUUUUAUUACACUGGUGCAGGAGCACUUGUUACUGAAGUCACUCAGGAUUCUCCUGCUAAUGGUCCUAGAGGUCUUUUUGUUGGUGACCUUGUCACUAGUCUGCAAGAUUGCUCAGUUUAUAGUGUGGAAGACUGGCAUGCCUGCCUGGAAAACAUCUAUCAGAAGCCACAAAAGGGUUAUUGCAUAAAAUCAUCAAUACUACAGCAGCUAAGCUUCUCAACAAGAGGUUUUAAAAGACUUGAUGGCACUGUUGAAUGUUGUAACAACAAUAGCCUCACAGAUAUCUGCUUUUCAUACAGUAAUAAUCUGAACAGCCGAAUGACCCUAUAUGCUUGUUUGCCAGCAAGGAAAACUAUUGAGGCCAGUCAGCUCUGUCAAACAAACAAAGAUUGCCCAAAGGAUUUUAUCCCAAGUACAUGUGUGAUGCCUUCCUUGGAAAAUCACACCAGGCUCAUAAGGGUGAAGCAUCCUCCUCAAAUUGAUAUGCUGUUCAUUGGUCAUCCAGCGCAUCUCCAAUAUACAGUGAGCCUCAGCAGCUUUGUACCUCGAUACAGUUUUCUAACUUUGGACCUUCCUUUAAUAAUGGAAACAUUUUGCAAAUAUCUGAUUUCACUCUCUGGAGCAUUGGCUGUUGUUAAUGCAAUUCCCUGUUUUGCUUUGGAUGGCCAAUGGAUAUUGAAUUCUUUCUUAGAAGCUACGGCUAGCAAAUUUAUUGUUGAAAAGCAAAACAGGGAGCUUUUAGGCUUCUUAAUUUUACUUGCUGGCAGUGCACUCUUGGCUGCUAAUGUGGCUCUAGGAUUCUGGGUUGUGACAGCACGAUAACAUAAUAGCACAUUUGAUAUCAUUUAUUAUGCUGAUGCAGAAAACUUUGAAAUAUAUCAUUUUCCAAAAUGACAGUUGGGUGGUUCAAUGGAAAGAAAAGUAGUUUUACUCUUUAAGAAUGCGUCCAUAGAUUCCUUCAAACAUAUUUUUGAAGUCCUCUGACUCUGCUACUUGAUCAUACUCAAGCAGUGGUGGGAUUCAAAUUUUUUUACUACUGGUUCUGUGGGCGUGGCUUGGUGGGCGUGGCAGGGGAAGAAUACUGUAAAAUCUCCAGUCAGAGAUGGUAUUUGCCAGUUCUCUGAGCUACUCAAAAUUUCUGCUCCAGGACUGGUCAGAACCUGCUGAAUACCACCUCUUGAUAUUCAGCAUUUCUUUUUAGAGGCCCCUAUGGCUUCAGAGGCAUUAUCAGGAAAUGGUGCUCGGAGGUCAGUGAUUUAUUCUGCAGUUUAUUUGAUUGCAUGUUAAAGCCAAAAGGAAGUAAAUUGGACAUUGUUGCUACUUAGUAAGCUUUGACAUGUUAGGACCAAUGUGAAAGGAGAGAGUAAUAGAAAAGUGUGACAUAUCCCUACUUUUCAUUUGGCAUCAGUCUCCCUAAAGCAUUUAUCAUCUGCACCUCUAUAACUGUCUAGUUUGGUUCUGCAGCCCAACAGGACAGACACAGACUUCAGAGGAUAAUUAGGACUGCAGAAAAAACAAUUACUACCAACCUGC